AAAUAAUAUUACCCAGAAUGCAUUGUAAUAUACAGAAGUAAUAUACUGUAAAAACAAUGUAUUCUGGGUAAUAUUUGUCAUUUUCGAGAGAGUAGCCUAUAGGUUACUUUCUCGAAAACGUUUAAUAAUAUUACCCAGAAUGCAUUGUGCAUUGUGUCUUUUCCUCUUUGCAAUUUGAUUAAAAACUCAUGCUGACACAGGAGACAGGAGAGCGGGGACGGCACCUUGAAAGCAGUCCUCCAAACCGCUGCUUUGCUUCAGUGUCACCCGUCAUUCUGUACAAGUGACCCAUGAGUAAGUGACUCAGUCAAAUCCAGUUUGCUUCCCCCAUGCUGCACUGACUUUCUUCAUUCAUUCCCAUUCGUCCUGAAACCCUUAAAAACAGAAACAGCAUCACCUAGACUCAGUGAUUUCUUUGGAUAGGAUAGGUUGGUUGGCUAUGGAACACCAAAACGCUCAAGACCCAGCAGUUUGCUGAGCGUUCUGGAAACAAUGGCCAGUCCAGUCCGAAUCCAGACAGACAGCACUGUUCUUCAGCCACCACGCUCCACAGGCUUCACCGAGAGCUCGCUGGCCCUUCUCAAGCGAGAAGAUGGCAUAGUGCAGACUUCAGAGAUGGUUGAACACAAACCCCGUCUUGACGGCUCGGACCGAGGCCAUCCGGGACUCUAUCUGUCCUGCUUCGAUAUGCUGUUCACCGAGGACGCCGCCUGGCUGGUCAGGGUGUCAGAUUCGUCCACGUCUGCGGGUGGCGGGUCCAGACUGGAGCCGUGUCAGGAACCGGAGCAGUGCCCUGUGAUCGACAGCCCCGGGCUGGGAGCCUCACCGCUGUCUCCCACCCUGGAAGAACAGGUGGAGGAGAGAUCUUUAGAACAGGUGCAGAGUCUGGUAGUGGGAGAAGUUCUGAAGGACAUUGAAACAGCUUGUAAACUUCUCAACAUCACACCAGACCCGAUGGAGUGGAAUUGUGGGAACGUUCAGAAGUGGCUAUUAUGGACGGAGCAUCUCUACAGGCUUCCGCAGGUGGGAAAGGCCUUCCAAGAUCUGGAUGGGAAAGAUUUAUGUUCCAUGAGUGAGGAAGACUUCCGACAGCGUUCGCCACAGUGCAGUGAAACGUUACACGCACAUCUGGAUAUAUGGAAAUCAGCUGCCUGGAUGAAGGAAAGAUGUACAGGUGGAGAGACCAGGAUGAGAGAAGGUGAAGAGCUGUGGUCAGAAGCAGAUUCGUCUUGUUCUGGUCAGCCGAUCCACCUGUGGCAGUUCCUCAGAGAACUUCUCCUCAAACCUCACAAUUACGGACGAUGCAUCCGCUGGCUGAAUAAAGACAAAGGGAUCUUCAAAAUCGAAGAUUCUGCUCACGUGGCACGUCUCUGGGGUUUGAGGAAGAACCGUCCGGCUAUGAACUAUGAUAAACUCAGCCGCUCUAUUCGGCAGUACUAUAAAAAGGGCAUCAUCCGGAAGCCAGAUGUCUCUCAAAGACUCGUCUAUCAGUUUGUCCAUCCAGUAUAAGAGAGAUAGUGAACUCAGAACUUUAUGAACUGACAAACCCUCCUACACAUUUCUUGCUUUAUUUUGGAGACUAUUUCUGGGUUUCGCACACCAGCGAAACCAAGAAAAAUGUAAGGAAGUUAAAUCUUUUUCUAAGUAUAAAAUAGAAUUGUGCUUGGAAACGUCCAAUAUAAACUUGCACUCUUUUAAAAACA